AGUGGCAUCAUUCGCUGGCCGGGAACAGUACGACGAACAGGUAUCGUCUUCGAUUCCACGUUUUUUUUUUUGUCAAAACUUAAACCGAGAUUUCUAACGCCGGAGAAUGAAGGUCUUCAUCUGCCUGCUGGCCACCAUUUGUGUCUGCAAUGCCACAUUCCUGUCCUUUUUGGGUGGAGGUGGAGGAGGAGGUGGCACCAAGACCACCUAUAAUGUGAUAGCCACGCCCACUUCAGGAGGAGGAGGAGGUGGUCAUGGAGGCGACGGUGGUCAUGGCUAUGCCCAGGGACAUGGUUAUGCCCAGGGUGGUCAUGGACACGGUGGCUCCUCGCAGAUCAUCAAGGUCAUUCUGCAGGAGGGUCAGGGAUAUAGCAAUGCUGGAGGAUCGGCUGGCGGCAUUGUGUCCGCCGGAUACAGUCAUGGUCAUGAUCAUGGUCACGGUUAUGCCAGUGGACAGUCCUAUGGUCAUGAUCAUGGAUCCUAUGGCGGCCAGCAGGCCCAGAUCUACAAGAUCAUCGAACAGUCCCCGGCACCAGUUGCAGCUCCUGCUCCCAUUCCCAUUUCCAUUCCCAUUUCUAUUCCGGCUCCUGCCCCACCAGCUGCCCCCAUUGCCUAUCAUGCAUCCGGUGGCUCCAAUGGCUACUCCUACGGCCAGGGACACUCCCACUCUCACUCGCACUCCCACACGCACUCCUACGGACAGUCGUAUGCGGCGGGACAUGGCUAUGGUGGAGCCGCCUCCUCCUUCGAUGCCCAACAGUUCAAUGCCAUUCUGCCGCAGAUCAUCCAGUUGGUGCUGCAGGAGGACUCCCUGGGCGGUGGCAUCGGUGGCGGUGGCGCCGAUGUGGCUGCCAUCAAUGGCCAACUGAUCAACACAUACGGCUCCAAGGGCAAGGCCAUCAUCAUGAAGGCGGAUCAGGCGCAGGGAGCCUUCUUCAAGAGCGGUCAUGUGGUGCAGCGGGGAACCCUGAAGGUGAUGCGUGUCCAGGAGCAGCAGUCCCCGAUUGCUAGUGGUGGCUCCAAGGGUGGCUGGAGCUCCGGUGGAGGUGCCCCCUCCGGUGGCUGGAGCUCCGGUGCAGCAUCCUCCGCCUGGUAGAUGCACUGCAUCCGCUGGCCGCCUAGUUAGUUAGACCAAAUGAAUUGCAAUUUUUUUUUCACUAUCCUCUAUUCUAUCGUUAUGUAUUUUUUUUCCUAGGCUAAUCCUUCACAGUCAUUACCAAACAAAAGAUAAACAAAACAUCCAUCAUUAUUAACUUAAAUUAUUUGUUAAUAAACAAUUUGAAAUAA